UAAUCCCUGGCAAUUUGGGCAGUGCAAGUAACGUAGAAACGUAGAAAUAUUUGGUGCCCGUUAUUUGGUUUAUUUUAUAGCUUUGACAGCUGUUUAAUUUAUUGAUAAAGGUUUUAAUUAAAAUAAAGUAAUAAAUUAAAUGAUGCCGGAAAGUUCAAAAAAUGAUAUACAAUGGCACAGGCCUGCAGACGUUAUGAAGUUGCACAAACUGAAACAGAAAAAGAAAGCUCUACAGGCGAGAAUAAAUGGAAACGUUUUGAAUAAUAGAGCACCAAUCCAUGAAAAAGUUGGGACAUUUAAAAACGUUUUUUCAUAUAAAAAGCGCAAGAAUCCCUUCCGGAAAGAGUCAGUAGACGGAAAAAAGCGUAAAGUCGAAGAGGAAGUAUUGGAGGAAUCCACAGACCAAACCCUUUUCAAGCUACUUAAUCAAAGCAGCACAGUCCCUAUUUCUGAUACUCCCAUUACUUCAUUUAGUAAUAUUUUGGAUAAACUAAACUCUCAUAAUAAUGAAAAAGAGCAUGUAGAAGUGGUUAAGGCAACUGGAAAAUUAUGGUUACCAAUUGAUUGGAGUUUAAAGACUAAAAUGAGGCUGAUUUCAAUGAAACCAUUUCUGUGGACACAAAAUCUAAAAGUAAGUGAAGAGGCAUCGGGAAUUACAAGUUUUACAAGGUGUUUAGAUGUAGAAGACAGCGACACAACAUUAGAUGCAUCGCCAAAUGCAAAGUUCCACAAUUGUUGUUUGUUUUGGCAACACCCAUUUCUUCCUUGGCUGACUUUAUUUCCAAGAAACUCGGGCAAGGGAAACAAUGGUUUAAACCUCUCGACAAGUGUAAACGUGAAAAACAGCCUCUUCAUGGCGUGGAAAGACAGUUUCCGGUCCCUGUUCCAGUUGUUAAAGACCAAACAUUGUCCAUAUUUUUAUAUGUGCACCAACAAUUUUAAUGUGCUAUUUCGCGCAGGUGGGAUUUCAGGUUACACAGACUUGCACGCUUUGGUAACACCAACAACCAGAGGUUUCAGGCAAAUGUUAAGACAAGAGGAUAUUGAAUUUGUUAUGCCCUUGAAGAAACGCAAUUCAGAUCAGGGCUAUGAAACACUGGAUUCAGAAAGCUGUACACUUGAGGAAACUAAUGAAGAUGUGUGUGAAGACAAAGAUGACGAAAUGGAUGAACACUGGCUGAAAAAAAUGGGAAUUAGUGCUGAAGAUAUAAAACAAAUUAAUUAUAAUCAGGCUCGUAUUAAACAAAAAGUGGAGUGUCAAGUUGACAAUAGCAAUCAAAGUCUUAUAUUUAUUGAAGGAGUUGAGGUAAAUGGGCUCUUCAACUUUCUAAUUAACUGUAAGAGUACAGUAGCAACAACUGGAACUUUGGCCGGGAUUCCGCCCACCCUGCUAGCUCCUGUCUCAUUUCAAGGAGCAACUUUAAAUUCGUUAAAAGUGAGACAAACCAAAAUCCUGAGUGACGGAUCAGAUUUCUACUGCCUGGAACUUCUCGGCCCCAUAUUGCCGAGCACAGUUCAUAACAUAUUCUCAAUCAACUCACCAGGCCAAAGUAUGACUGUGACAUUUAACAAUUUAAGCAAUACUGAAGCCUUUAGCAAAGCAAAGAACGAUAGAAGACAUUCUGAUGUUGACAAGCAGGGCGCGGCAAUAUUCAGCAAAGAAAAUUUGUCAGAUUGCGGAUUGAGGUCCACAAUUUUAAAGCAUUUCUGUUCUGCCAAUGAAGAAAUGACCUGCAAUAUAGAAUGUCUAAAAUAUUGUCAAGACAACUGCAGUUUUACCUGGACAUAAGAUGUUUUAGUCUUAAUAAUUUAUUUUGUUCUAUAAGAUCCACUUUAAUAAAUUCAGAGGAAUUUUGUUUA